CGGAAGGUUUAGUUUACUUGUUAUUUAACCCUCGGGAGUAAAACUGCUUAUAAACUAUCUGAAUACUUCGACCUUACAAACAACAAACUCAAUAACAAACAAACAGGAAACCAUCACAGACCCGGAUCAGCUGCUUCUAUUUAUUAGAGGAACUGAUCCUCCCUGAACGGGUUCGGACUUUACCGGAAUACAUCGUGUAGUGGUGUGUAGUGGUGUGUAGUUAGUGUGUAGUGGUGUGUAGUUAGUGUGUAGUGGUGUGUAGUUAGUGUGUAGUGGUGUGUAGUUAGUGUGUGGUGGUGUGUAGUUAGUGACACCUGUGUUAAAACCCGGGUAAAUAGAAGGUCUUACCUGCAUGUGAUGUUAGUCUGUCGGAGAGAAACCUGAAGUGAAACUGACUCAUCAUCACGUGAGCUGUGUGUAUGUGUGUGUGUGACUCAUAGUUCAACAUUCCCUCACUAUGAUUGGUCAAAUGUUGGACUCAUUGGUUGCUGAAUAGCGGCACUGUUCUGUGGUGGGGGCAGCAUGGCGGUGUCUCAGGUGCGUCCCGGGCUGUACCUGAGCGGUCUGGACCCAGCCCUACGGCUUAGCAUCCUGUGCAGCAGGAGCAUCUCUCUGGUGGUGAACGCCAGCGGGCUGCAGGGCGUGGCUUACCCCCCCCUGGACGGGCUCACGGUGCUGGAUGUCCCCCUGCAGGACCAGCCCCAUGCCCCCCUGAAACUGUACUUCGACCUGGUGGGAGAGCAGAUCCAUCAGAACCGGACCGGCAGGACUCUGGUGCACUGCAGCGCCGGCCGGAGCCGCUCCCCCGCCCUCAUCAUCGCCUACCUGAUGAGGUUUGAGGGUCUGAGCCUGAGGCGGGCUCACGAGGCGGUUCUGGAGCAGCGUCCAUUCAUCCGACCCAAUGCCGGGUUCUGGAGGCAGCUGAUGGAGUAUGAGCGGACUCUGUUCGGUAAGAACACCGUGAAGAUGGUGAGCACGCCGGAGGGGGUCCUGCCCGAAGCCCUGCAGCUGCCCGAGGACCCCAAACCGGCAUACUGCCUCAACAUCUGAGGGUCCUCUGAAGCAGCCUGGAGCUCUGAGGAUCCCCUGUGGAAGUCUGAGGGUCUCGUGUGGAGGUCUUGAGGGUCCCGUGUGGAGGUGUGAGGGUCCCCUGUGGAGGUCUGAGAGUCCCGUGUCCCCUGAAUAAAGGAAUGUUGACGCUUC